UAUGAUUUUUUCAAUUUUCGCCCAUUCUUGCGGGUUUUUACAAUUUUUUCGAAAUGUUGGAGGUACAUUGGGCCAAUCUGACUUUGCAUUCGGAUUCAGCGCGUCAAAAUACACCGUUUAUGGGUCUAGCCAAAUGUACAAAUGCACGUGUUUUUCGUGCAACGAUGUUGUGAAUAUCAUGCAAUCGAGCAUCUGUAUUUACCUUCUGGGAGCGGAAAAUUUCGCUUACACCUUCAGCAAAACUCCUUUCUUGAACAUCUGCUCUGCAAAAGCUACAAACAUUACGAAAAUUUCAUGAAUAUUGAUUACGAGUAAAAAUACGAAAAAUGAUGACUAUGGUUGUAAAUUUUGCACUUAGAAUCCGUAAAUUAUCCAUUCGAGUCGAUUAAGAUUCAUCAGAAAAAUGACGAAAUUUUGUGAAUGCAAAAACACACGGAAUUGAAAAAAAUACGUUCUGGGAAUAAAAUUUUCGUUGCAAUGCUUUCCAAUGCGAUUAUCUCUUGGGAGAUUGACUUUGAGAUUCCACCGGAACUGGAACAUUUGUCUCGAGCUAAUAUCGAUUGCAAAAACAAAAAUAACGAUUGAAACAUUAUCGAUCAAAAAUCGAGUCAUCCGGCUGUCAAAAUGUACAAUAAAGAUACCAUUGUUUUUUCAUGAAACAAUCGAAUGUUUUUCUCUUUUCUGAUGUUUGAACAAUCGUUCGUAUAUAACGAAUCUUUUCUCGUUAUCCCUAAAACACUAUCGAUCGAACUUUCCUCGAGAAAUUUGACAAUUUCUCCAAAAUGUCACUCAAAUAUGUACUUCUUGUCGCUUUCGUUGUAACGGCGAAUUUGAGAGCUAUUCAAGCUCAUGGGCGAGUAAUGGAUCCUGUCCAUCGUGGUUCAGCCUGGCGAGUGGGUUUCGAUACACCCAAAAAUUGGAACGACAUGGGCAACUACUGUGGUGGAAUUUCGACACAAAAUGGUCGAAACGGUGGAAAAUGUGGUUUAUGUGGUGACAAUUAUGCUGACCCGGUGCCCAGGGAAAAUGAAAAUGGUGGAACUUAUGGUACCGGUACGAUUACCAAAACAUACAAAGCUGGGCAAGUAAUCGACGUUGACGUCGAUCUGACCGCAGCCCAUCUCGGAUAUUUCGAAUUCUUCUUGUGCCCUUUGAAUUCUACGACCGAUCGUGAAACCGAGGAAUGUUUUGAUCAAUACAAACUCAAACUCGCCGACGGUGAAUACCGUUACAACAAAAUUUAUGGACCGAAACAUUAUUACCUUAAAGUCGUUCUUCCUAAAAACGUCACUUGCGAGCACUGUGUAUUCCGCUGGCAAUAUCGCGCUGGCAACAUGUGGGGCGUUUGCGAAGACGGCAGACGCGGUCUCGGUUGUGGACCUCAAGAACUUUACCGAACUUGUUCAGAUAUCAAAAUUGUUUGAUUCUCAAACUUUCUCAUCUCCUUCCACUCAUCCCCAUUGAACAAGCAUUAAAUGUCAUCUGUACUGUGUAAAUCAUCCAUAAAGACUUGAACGUGGUUGGAAAAAUAUAA